GAGGCACUGGAUGAAGCAAACUUGAAUCCAGCAUGUCUGCAGAGCAGCAGCUUAAUGAAACCUGCAGCCUAAUGAGGAUUUAAACCAGGCCAUUGCUCCACAGAGAAAUCUCUUCCCUGUCCCUUGCUCAUCCUGCACCCAGGGGUCUCCAGAGAACUUUUCUGCUUCUUGAUGCUCAGUGGGGGACGGCAGGUGGGAAGCUUUCUAAAGCAGACAAAGGAGACCUGGCAAGGAACUGUGGUGAAGGGACAAGCCCAAGGUAAAGAAGUGUCUGAUCACCUCCUCUCCUGGAGCAGGCAGCUGGAUAGACAGGAGACAUUUUGCACGACUCUACACCUGGAGCUGUGCUCCCCAGCAGGUGGACAGCCCCCAUGUCAGCCAAGCUCUACGUCCUCAUCAGCUGGCCUGAUGGCAGCAGGGUGAUCAACAUGGAGAACAUCAAGGAGCCACGCAAGCCCUUCCACCUCUACACGGUGGGUGAGCAGGUGCUGGCUCGCUGUCCUGGCUUCAGUGGGCUCUACUGGGGCAUGGUGGAAGGCAUAAGUGAGCAUAAAGAUGUCCUAGAGAAGAAGCUGCUGGAAGGCAGACAGCUCCUGGAGAAGUUAAAAGAAGAACCAACUGUCCACAGCAUGAUGCCCCCCCAGCCAAAAAAAUCCAGGAAGACCUUCCCAAAAUGGAGCCCAGGGAAUGCAUCCAGGAGAUUCCACGGCGACAAGGCUUACCCUGCCAAGCCGCUGCUGAGGGCAGCAGAGACCAACCUGUCCCACGACACCAGCAGCUCCUCCAGCAUCAAGGAGAGAUGUGGCACAGCCAGCAGCUCGCUGGCAGGACCCCCUCACCCAGCCAGUGCCUUCACACCUCCAUCCACAUUUCUCGCUGUGGCCAUGCCAGGGAUGUCCCAAGGUGAAGAGGACAGAGCUGGUCCAGCUGCUAGAGAUUAUGUUGUCCUGCCAAUGAAGAGGAAGUCAGAUGGCAUCUUGUCCCAGUGCCAGCAGCACAUCUGUCUGAACAGCUGUGAAGAGCAAAAGCUGAGUGCUCUGCAAGACACAGAUGACCUUGAGAGGGUUGAGAAAAGUCCUGGUCCUGGUGAAAUGGAAAGGGCAGAGAAGAUGGAGCAGCUGGAAAAGAUGGUGUUGAACCUCCAAAAGGAUGUCCUCUCUCUGAAGAAGAAGGUCCAGAGGCUGGAAUCCCUGUCCUUCCAGGAGGAGCCUCACGGGCAGCCUUGUGAGGUGGUGGAGCUGUUCAAUGGCUACACCAAGGAACAGCUGAGGGAGACCAUUCGCUUUGACCAGAAGAUCAGCACUGCCUGCAAGACACUGCUCUACAAGCUCUUCACAUCUGACUACAUCCAGAGCCACUCCAUCACAGGGAGGAGGGGCAACACCUUCCGAGAGGCCAAGCCCAUGAUGGAUGAACGCUGCAUCAAAAUCAUCAGGGUGCUGCUGAAGCAGAAGUUUGGAGAUCACCUCAGUGACACUGUGAUCACAGAGAAGAUCCAAAACGUGCAGAAAGCCCUCAGGCAGAAGUUUAAGGCAGAGUGUCUCUGAUGCAGGAUUGGGUGAAGGGACUUGGUGGCUCUUCCUACUGUGCUCAUUGAUGUGUCUGAGCAUCCCUGCUGGGGAAAAAAAGAUGAGGCCAAUC